AUGGUCUUUCGCAAAUAUCGGGCAGUUAAACAAUGGGGAAAAAUGGAUACAAGGAUCUUCAAGGAGAUUUACAAUGCACGGAAUAAAAGAAAAAUGCCGAGUUUCAAAAUUCCUGAAGCUGUCCAGGCAAUUGGAGCAAAAGUUUAUGAAACGAAUGACCCAUUUUUGUUCACCGAGCAGGCAAAAGAAAACAAUGCAUUUGAUGAAGUCUUCCAAAAAAGCUCCGAUAUUCAAUAUAAUAGUUCGCUUCAAGACCAUCCAUUGUAUCAAAACGAAUUAGCCCAUGUUUAUGAGUCAUCGGAAGCGUUAAGUGACGGAAUUGCACAAGCAUCGAUUUUAACCAAUAGUGUUACUCGAAAUACGCUGCCAGAAGCAAUUCUAAACCAUUCACAUCUGGAAAUCGAAGAAGAGGCGGUUCGUGACGCCAUCCUUCACGGUGAAAAAUAUGAUCCAACAUUAGAAAAGCUUCCGAAGCGAUUUGAUCCUGUCCUCUUCUGGGUGACUCAUCCACGCGUUCAUGGAACCCCAGUGAUAAAAAGGAAUAAUAUUAUUUUAAAUAAUCUCAUGCGACAAAUCACGUUUGCUGGUCUUAGGUCGGGAAUCUUGAAGAGCAAUUUACAAAUUAAUAGAGAUGAGCCUUUAUCGGCAAUUUUAAAGACAAAUUCGUUCAAGCAUCCAUUGGUCAUUCGAGGUCAACCGCAUCUUACAAUUCAUUCAACAGAUCCUAUUGUUAACGCGCCUUGGGCUGGAAAAAUCGACGUGAAAGAGGCAUCAGAAGAAAGUUUGCCGGAUAUUUAUCCAAUUUCUCCAUUCAUCGAUCUCCAGAAGGAAUCGAUUUAUAAUCCGGAGAAUCUGAUUACAAGAAGCACACAGAACGUCAAUUUGCACUCGAUUCUUUGGGCGAGAGAACAGGACGCGAAAUACCCGUGGACCCGCGAGCAGAAUAUGGCCAAUGCGAUUAUGAUGACCUAUGCAGCUGCUGUCGCGAAUGCCACCAGAAAUGGAAAUAAAACAAUUGAGAAGCCAAUGCUCGUACGAGGAGUUCAACUAGUAAACGGAAGAUUAGACCUGGUGGCGAUUCAACUGAACACCCUUGAUACUGCCAAUGGAGAAAAUCCAACCAAGAAUAUUGUAUGGUUCGAGAAAGGUCUUCGUCUGUACAAACCAAAACCAUACUACGAGCAAAUGACGGAGGUUGAGAACCUCAAUAUGGAUGUGUUCAAAAAAUUGACGUCGCUGAUGCUCGGAUUUGGAUCUCCUCAUAAUCAUUGA